AUGGGUGAAACAGAGGCAAUUACCAUGGUCAGUCAAUUACAGAGUCUGCUGCAAACAGGAGGUUUCCACCUGACGAAGUGGAUUAGCAACAGCAGAGAAGUGUUAUCCAAGAUACCAGACAAAGACAAAGCCAAGCCUAUAAAGAAUCUUGAUUUGAAUUUACAGGCCUUGCCGACAGAACGUGCUCUUGGUGUUUGCUGGGACAUAGAAGUGGACAGCUUCACCUAUAAAAUGGAUCUUGAGAAGAAACCAUUGACCAAGAGAGGCCUUUUAAGUGUCAUCAGUUCUAUUUAUGAUCCCCUGGGCUUUAUUUCUCCCUUCACUAUCAGUUCGAAGAAGAUGUUACAAGAUUUAACACGUGAUAAGAUAGGUUGGGAUGAAACUGUGCCUUAUAAAACCCAGGUAGAGUGGUCAGGUUGGAAGAACAGCUUGCCCAAGAUGAAAGAAAUGAAAGUACCAAGAUGUGUACAGCCAGUACAGCCUGAGAAGAUUGCCAGCAUUCAGUUACACCAUUUUUCUGAUGCGUCUACCAUGGCAUAUGGUGUUGUAAGUUACCUCCGUGUACAGGACAUCUCAGGUCAGAUACAUACUUCAUUGUUGAUGUCAAAGGCUCGGUUGGCACCGAUCAAGCAGCUUACAAUUCCGCGUCUCGAGCUUACAGCAGCUACUAUGGCAGUCAGAUUAGAUUACAUGAUACGACAGGAACUCACUUUUCCUGUGGACAGUUCAAUAUUUUGGACAGACAGCACGUGUACUUUGAGUUACAUUCAAAGUGAAGAUAAACGAUUUCAAACAUACGUUGAAAACAGAGUCUCUGUCAUCAGAGAAGGUUCAAUUCCGUCACAGUGGCACUACAUCGAUUCAAAGAGGAACCCAGCUGACGAUUGCACAAGGGGACUCACUGCCCAUGAAAUGAUUAACAGUAUCAGAUGGAUUGAAGGACCAGAAUUUCUUAAGCAGAGUGAGUGCCACUGGCCAGAAACUCCAGAGGUUAAGGGAGUGUCAGAUGAAGAUAAAGAGUUAAAGAGACCAAAGACAUGUCUAGCACAAAGAAGUGAGUCAGUACAAGAAUCAGUGAUAGAUAAGAUUCUAAAACGUCGAUCUUCGUGGAAAAAGCUUAAGAAAGAUGUUGCUGUGAUACUACGCUUCAAACAGUGGUUAAUAGCAAGACAUAGAAGAGAAAAGGUGAAUGUACCCACAGGUCUACUUUCAGUGGAAGAAACAGAAAAGGCAGAGUUAGAAAUCUUGAAGUAUAUCCAAGGGCAACACUUUGGGAAAGAGCUCUCAGAAAUUAAUCGAGCUGUAAACAGUCAGAGUGGUGUUAAACGUGCAAGCAUGAGGGAUUAUUUUGCCCUCAACUUCCAUUAA